AUGCCAAAGGUGGUGAAAUAUGAUGGCAACAAUGACCCAAAGGUGCACCUCAUGCAAUACAAGUCUAUCAUGGAGUUGGUGGGUCUCCCGUCAAGGGAAAUUUUGAAAAUGUUCCCAAUGUCCUUAACAGGGUCUACCCAAACUUGGUAUUACAAUCUCAAGAAAAGGAAAAAUGAUGAGACCUUCACUGGUUAUAUGGCUAGAUGGAGAGCCAAGGUCACACAAAUGAGGAACUUUCUAGAUACCAAGGAACAGAUCAAGAUAUUCAUUAAGGGGACUCUGCCGACCUUCCGUGAAAAGCUGUAUUACAUGCCGUUAACUGAAUUUUAUCAAGUUUAUGAGGUGGGGACCACCAUCAAAGAUAAAAUAAGGAAAGACAAGAAGUAUGGGAAUCGCACUGGAAGAGAUUCUCCAACUUUGGCACCCCUCUCCAGAGUGUUCGAGAGAGUGAAAGCAGUGGGUUUGUUGAAACCGCUUGCACCGAGACCUCCUCCUGUAAUUUUGCCAAAGAAUAUCGAUCAGAAAGCUUAUUGUUACUUUCAUCAGAGUAAGGGUCAUACAACUGAUAGUUGUAUGAGAUUGAGACAUGAGAUCCAAGAUCUGAUCGAUAGUGGCAAAGUGACUGAUCCAAAAAAGUCAAGGCCAAGCACGAGGACUAAUCCACAUUUGAACUUUAGAAGCAUGCCGCCUUCUAUGAACUUAUAUAUGGUUGAGUCUGGAACGACUCCCUUGGAGGUGCUGACUGAGUUUGAAGAGGAGGAGGAGGAAAGAGAGAGGGAGAUGCUUUUAGAGCAAAUUUAUGUGAUGAUGCUCAAUGUCUGGGAUAGCGAUGAGGAAUGGCUAAAACAGAGCGAACAAGUCUGGGUGGGUAGUGAUGAUGAGGUAGAAGUGAAUCCCGUUAUUCUGGAUGUAUAA